CCCUCUUGCAUCAUAGAGGGCGCCAUGCUUCCACCAUGUCUCUCAUCGCAAUACCUCAGAUUGUCCGGGAGAACACCUCAGCUUUCCUACUUCUAGGGGCGCUGGGGGCCUACGCUGCAUACUACUACAUGAAAGUUGUGCAGAAACCCCAAGUUUUCGGUAAAGAUGGCAAAUUCUUGCAGUUUGUCCAACGACACAUUCCAAUGUUGAGGGAGCCCUUCAUGCCGACCAUGUGGUGCUUCAGCUACCACCUGCAGACCAUCGGCCCAAUACUGAUGAAGUUCUUCAACUCCAUUCCGUACAGGAGUGAGAAGUUGCGGUUGGCUGACGGUGGCGAGGUUGUUCUUGACUGGGUGGAAAAUGACGACGAUGAACGAUACAGCAAUGAGACCAGACCGACAGUCCUACUACUACCAGGGUUAACAGGGUCCAGUCAAAGUCACUAUGCCAUUAAUAUGAUGAAAGCGGUCAAGAAACAUGGUUACCGUUCUGUCGUCUUCAACAACCGAGGUUUUGGAGGAGCUGAAAUAAAGACCCCGAGAACUUUCUGUGCCGCAAAUACGGAGGAUUUAGAGUUUGUCAUCCAGCACAUUCACAGCGUGAACCCUAACGCACCUGUGAUUGCUGUCGGAAUCUCUAUCGGAGGUAUCAUUUUGUUCAACUACCUGGCCAAGGUCGGUGAGAACACACCACUAGUUGCUGCCAUGACGGUCUCGGUCGCCUGGAACACAUUUGUGUCUACGGAAUCCCUGGAAAAACCUGUCAAUUCCAUCCUCUUCAACCGAUUCCUAGCCAAAGAACUGACCAAAGUUUUAGCCAGAAAUGUUCAGAUGUUCGAAGAGCACGUUGAUAUAGGUCAUGCCAUGCAGUCGCAAACUAUCAAGCAAUUUGACGAGCGAUUCACUGCUAAAAUGUUUGGUUACGAGACGGUGGACCACUACUAUGCCGACGCAUCGUUACACACCAAAGUUCUUCACAUUGGGAUUCCAACGCUGUGCCUGAGUGCGGGGGACGACCCAUUUGCACCCUUAGAAACAAUACCCACUGCCGAUGCCAAGGAACAGAGUAACAUCGCACUGGUGGUGACAUCACACGGCGGCCAUGUUGGAUUCACAGAGGGCUUCCUUCCGAGGGGAAACAGCUACAUGAUCCGGCUGUUUGAGCAGUUUGUAGACGGGUUCUUCCAGCACGGAAUGACGGAAGUGCUUUGUAAGACUGAAUAGCCGGAAAGGGGAGCUUUCGGCUCGAGAGUCUGACCCAAUUUUACGAAGCUGUAACGCAGAAUAUUUUGCUUUGCAAAUUGAUGUAUUUUAUUAGCACAGUGUGUGAUUUUGGUGUUUGGAGUAUUUAUGCACAUCGUACAGGGUUCCUAACCUUUAGGGCAAUAAAAAUCCAUGACUUUUUCAAGACCAAAUUAUUCAAAUCCAUGACCAGGACCAGAUUAUCAAUUAGGCACUGCGCUAGGGCCUACGAAAAGUUUGAGGGUUUACGAAAAUACCAGUGUGCCAUAACACAUACACACAUCCAAACAUGUUUGUUUAUGGUGUAAAUCGAGGAUUUUCUUUUGUUCCUCUUCCCUUUUCCUUUGUUUAUACUUUUAACUUUUGCGCAACAGGCUUUUAGAGCUACCAGUUUUGGCAUGCCUUGCUUAGUACAGCUAAGCUAAUAGCUUAGCAUCAACAUGAAAUGCGAGGUUUCAAACUUUUCCAAUUUUUUUUCUAGGCCACGAGAACCCUGUUUAUAGGUAAAAAUACGCACUUAGUUUUCUAUUGUUUUUAAUCAUUACGGGUGGAUGCUGUUUGUAAUUUUCAAACAAUUUUUUUUUUUUUUAUAAUUUAAGAGAGUUUUACCUAAAAGUUGUUAGGAUUUUGGAUUUUUACAACUGAUUUUCUUUGAAACAGGAGAAAAAAAGGAUUUUUUUUCAUAUUUUUGUAACAUGAUAAUUUUAUUUGCAAACACUAGGUUUACGGCAUAAUAAUAAUCAUGCGAAUUCAGGGCAUUUAAAAAACAAAAUCUUUUACAGUUAAUCUGUGACAAGUACCAUGAAAAUAGGGUCUCUAGUAAUGUUGUCUCAUCUAGUUCUAUAAGCUGUGAUAAUGUAACGUAACUGAUGUUUUUGGGACAUAAUUUGUGCCUAAUCCAUGCUAUGUGUACUAUAAGAUAUUUACUAAUAUAUUAAGAAGUUUACGUGUGAUUGUAUAAAAUUGGUUGUAUUUAAAACAACAAAGUGAAUUAUUUAAUAAUAAAUGGCAUUAUUAAAGUUAUUGUUACAAAGUCAAGCAAAGUG